AUGGCUCCAUACGAGGCUUUGUAUAAAAGACCAUGCAGGAAUCCAAUAUGUUGGAAUGAAGUAGGAGAAAAGAAACUAUUAGGCCUAGAACUUGUUCAACAGUCGUCUGAUAGUAUUAAGCUUAUCAGGGAAAAUCUUAAGGUAGCUCGAGACAGGCAAAAGAGUUAUACGGAUAAAAAGAGAAGAGAAUUAGAGUUUGAAGUCGGUGAUCAGGUAUUCCUUAAGUUAUCUCCAUGGAAAGAGAUACUUAGGUUUAGAAGAAAAGGGAAGUUGAGCCCUAGGUACAUCAGACGUUACGAGAUAGUGGAACGUGUUGGUCCAGCAACUUACAGGUUAGCUUUACCCUUAGAGUUAGCUCGUAUCCACAAUGUUUUCCAUGUAUCGAUGUUGAGGAAGUAUGUGCCAGAUUCUACUCAUGUAUUGCCUGAACAACCAGUGCAAUUAAAAGAAAAUAUGUCAUACGAGGAAGAACCGGUAGGAAUUCUUGAUAGAAAAAAGAAAGUACUAAGAAAAAUGAUGAUACCUUUAGUAAAGGUAUUAUGGAGAAAUCAUGGUAUUGAGGAAGUUACAUGGGAAGCCGAAGAGAAAAUGAGAAGUAGAUAUCCCCAAUUGUUCAGUCAAUAUCCUUGUACCAAAUUUCGAGGAAAAAUUUCCUAA